CCAUCCCCCACGACACCGCUCACCAUGUCUCAAAGCAUGGCGCAGGCAAAGAAGUACGAGGACUUGCCCGACAUUGACAAAGCCCCAGACAUCUACGAGACGCCCGAGCUCACCGAGAACACCACACUGCCCAGCUCCACGGCCCGCAGCGAGUCGCAGGCCUCGUCGUACGACGACCAGUCCGAGGAUGACACGUCAGGCAUCGACCGUCGCCGGCUGACGGUCGACGAAGCCCGUGGCCACUUCCGCCCCUCGCGCGUCGACGCGCGCGGCGUCGACUUCUCAGACCGCAUACGCCGCCAGCGCCGCUCGUACCGCACCUCGCAGGCGCGCAGCAAGCGGCGCGGCAGCGGCUUGGACGACGACGACGAGGUGGGACUCGGCGACUUCAGCGACGACGAGGACGAGAGCCUCGAGCGCAAGCUGGCGCGCCUGCGCCGCGAGGUCGAGGAGGUCAAGCAUGAGUACGGGCAGCGCCGCGAGCGCGAAAAGGCUGCGGGCGAAGCGGCCGACGAGGAGGCUGCUGAAGACCCUGUUGAGGGCAUUGCGAAGCUUAGUGAUAUGCUCGAUGAGGUCUAUGUCCAGCGCCAGGGCGGCGUCAAGGGCGCCGAGGCCCAGUUCCAGCGCACGCUGAAGCGCUUUGCAAAGACUGAUACGCCCAGUCCUGCUGCACCCGCUCCAGAGCAACAGCAGCAGCAGCAGCAGUUGGAGGGAGAAGAGGGAGCAGAACAACAGCAGCAGGCCGAGCACCCGCCGCCGCAGCAGCAGCAACAACCCCCACCGCCGCCCGCCCCAGCCGCACUGCCCGCCCCCGCCGUCCUCUCGCAAGAAACCGCGCAAGCGCUCAGCAAAACCGCAGACUUCGACGCGCGCCUCGCGUCGCUCGAAAAAGCCCUCGGCCUCAACGCAACCAACAUGCCGGACCUGGCCGCCACGCCUCCGCGCAGCAUCCUGCACGCCCUCGACGCGCUCGAGCGCCAGCUGACAACCAUCGCCGACGUGUCGAGCAACAGCCUGGACUCGGCGACGCGGCGCGUGCAGAAGCUGACGCAGGAGGCCGAGCGGCUCGACGAGCUGCGGCGCGCGGCCAAGGCCGCCGCGGGCGAGGCCGGCCCCGCCGGCCCCAUAUCCCCUGGGUUCGCGCACCUGCGCUCGCGCAGCUCCAUCUCGCCUGGGGGUCCGCUAGCCACGGGACCGCUGCCCUCGCCGGGCGCGCCGGGCGACAUGAUGGCGCAGCAGCAGCAGCAGCAGCAGCAGCAGCAGCAGCAACAACAACAACAACAACAACACCAACAACACCAAGGCGGCGCCAUCUCCCCCGGCGCAGACCCGAACCAGCUUCACCCGCCCCCACACGGCCAACAAAGCAGCCAACAGCCCGGCUCGCCCGGCGCGCCAGGCCAGCACCAACACCAGCCCAGCUACCUCGACGACCCCGAGCGCGUCGCCAAGAUCAACGCGCUGUACGGGACGCUGCACACGAUCGAGACGCUGGCGCCGUCGCUACCGCUGGUGCUGGAGCGGCUGCGCUCGCUGCGCCUGAUCCACGUCGGGGCGGGGACGGCGAGCGCGACGCUCGAGGAGCUGGAGAAGCGGCAGGCGGAGAUGGACGACGAGUUGCGGGCUUGGCGGGGGGCGUUGGAGGGGGUGGAGACGCAGCUGCGGGAGGGGGAGGACAAGGUUGCGGGGAAUGUGAGGGUGGUGGGGGAGUGGGUGCGGGAUUUGGAGGCAAGGAUUCAGCGGUUUGGUUGA